GAUAAAUCCCUCGCUCUCUGCUCUCCCUCCUCCUCCUGUCCGUUGCAAAUGCUCGUCGACAUUCUCGAUCGUCUCUGAGAAGAAGAUAAGCGCCAAGAACACCCAGCUCUCUCUAACCGCAAUCUGGAGAGAUUGCCGAUAGCUAACAAACUGAAUCAAAGAUGACAGUCUCUGGAAUAACUGUUGGUCCGUCAAAAAUUUUCUCGAUACCUGCUCGAGGUGCCAAUUCCUUAUCUGUAGAAUUCCCAGCCCUUAUUUCUAUUGCAAGACCUAAAGGAAAGUUCAGGUCCCUGCAUGGAGGAAGCAGACAUCAAGCUCUAGUGAUCAGGUUUGCAAUGGAUGCUUCUUAUAGCGACCCCACUGGUUCAACCGUCUUUCCCAGAAUAAAUGUAAGGGACCCGUAUAAGCGGCUCGGAAUCAGUAAAGAGGCCUCCGAAGAUGAAAUUCAAGCCGCAAGGAAUUUCCUUGUCCAAAAAUAUGCAGGACACAAGCCCAGUUUGGAUGCAAUUGAAUCUGCGCAUGACAAAAUAAUCAUGCAGAAGUUCUACGAGAGGAAGAACCCAAAAAUUGAUGUCAAGAAAAAGGUCAGGGAGGUAACUCAAUCCCGUGUCGUGCAGGCUGUAACGAGCAGGUUUCAGACUCCGUCCUCAAAGUUCAUCAUAAAAACGGCUGCCGCAUUUGUAGUACUCGGACUUCUCACCGUGCUUUUUCCAACAGAAGAAGGCCCCACUCUUCAAGUAGCCAUAUCCCUAAUAGCUACCAUAUACUUCAUACAUGAUCGGCUGAAAAGCAAACUGCGAGCUUUCCUCUAUGGGGCUGGUGCCUUCAUUUUGUCGUGGCUACUGGGGACAUUCUUGAUGGUCUCCGUCAUACCGCCUUUGUUUAAAGGACUGCGCGGUUUCGAAGUAACAACUUCGCUUAUAACCUACAUUCUGCUCUGGGUUUCUUCUACUUAUCUGAAGUAGGAAAUUCGGCGACCUUCGAGAAGACCCCAAUUUUGGUUGAAAGCGGCCUGAUAUGAGAGUGUUCUUGGUUUCUUCAAUCUCCAUCUUCAUGAUGGCUCUUGACGGUAAUCAUGUAUUGAUUGACAGCGUGAGCCUCCUUCAUUUGUCUUCUAACAUCUGUUCCAUGAACUUGCUGGUAUAGGAUCAACAGUUUUGAGAUGGCUGUUUUAUGGUUUGCAGAAGGAAAAAGCUGUGAAAAAUGAAAUAUAGUGACCCUUUGACUAUGGUCAGUUUGUGCAUUCCA